UUUUUAAACUCAGAAAAGUGCCUCUUGUUCAAGGGGAAAAGGAACUUUGAUUCUCUUCUCGUUGCUCUCUUUUUGAGUCUGACAACCUCCUCCCACUCCUUUCGCUGACUCCGCCUCCUCGUGCAGGUUCCUCCCUGUCACCUCUCUCCACCCCUCCCCCGCACCUAGCCAGACGCCCGCAAACUUCCACCUGACUGUGCGGGACGCUUGGACCUGCGAGCACCAAGGACCUUUCAUACCCGCCCUGGUCUCAGGAAGCGAACGAGGACCGCCGGGAAGGCAGUGGUUACAGCCCCUUCCAACCGGGAAGCCCAGGUGCUCGACGUCUCGAAGAGCCAUAGCCACAAUGACAGCUGACAAGGAGAAGAAAAGGAGCAGCUCGGAGAGGAGAAAGGAGAAGUCCCGGGAUGCUGCGAGGUGCCGGCGCAGCAAGGAGACAGAGGUCUUCUACGAGCUGGCCCACGAGCUGCCCCUGCCCCACAGCGUGAGCUCCCACCUGGACAAGGCCUCCAUCAUGCGCCUGGCCAUCAGCUUCCUGAGAACACACAAGCUCCUGUCCUCAGUUUGCUCUGAAAAUGAAUCUGAAGCUGAGGCUGACCAGCAGAUGGAUAAUUUGUACCUGAAAGCCUUGGAGGGCUUCAUUGCUGUAGUGACCCAAGAUGGCGACAUGAUCUUUCUAUCCGAAAACAUCAGCAAGUUCAUGGGACUCACCCAGGUAGAGCUAACAGGACACAGCAUCUUUGACUUUACUCAUCCCUGUGACCAUGAGGAGAUUCGUGAGAACCUGACUCUGAAAACUGGUUCUGGUUUUGGGAAGAAAAGCAAAGACAUGUCCACAGAGCGGGACUUCUUCAUGAGGAUGAAGUGCACAGUCACCAACCGAGGACGAACUGUCAACCUCAAGUCAGCCACCUGGAAGGUCUUGCACUGCACUGGCCAGGUGAAAGUCUACAACAACUGUCCUCCUCACAGUAGUCUCUGCGGCUACAAGGAGCCUCUGCUGUCCUGCCUCAUUGUCAUGUGUGAACCCAUCCAGCACCCAUCCCACAUGGACAUCCCCUUGGACAGCAAGACCUUCCUAAGCCGCCACAGCAUGGACAUGAAGUUCACCUACUGUGAUGACAGAAUCACAGAACUGAUUGGUUACCACCCAGAGGAGCUGCUGGGCCGCUCAGCCUACGAAUUCUACCAUGCACUGGACUCAGAGAACAUGACCAAAAGUCACCAGAACUUGUGCACCAAGGGACAGGUGGUGAGUGGCCAGUACCGAAUGCUCGCGAAGCACGGGGGCUACGUGUGGCUAGAGACGCAGGGGACGGUCAUCUACAACCCUCGCAACCUGCAGCCCCAGUGCAUCAUGUGUGUCAACUACGUCCUGAGUGAGAUUGAGAAGAACGACGUGGUUUUCUCCAUGGACCAGACUGAAUCCCUGUUCAAGCCUCACCUGAUGGCCAUGAACGGCAUCUUUGACAAUAGUGCCAAGGUGGCUGUGUCUGAGAAGAGUAACUUCCUGUUCACCAAGCUGAAGGAGGAGCCCGAAGAGCUGGCGCAGCUGGCCCCCACCCCGGGAGACACCAUCAUCUCUCUGGAUUUCGGGAACCAGAACCCUGAGGAGUCCUCCUUUGGAAAGGCCGUCCUGCCCCCAGGCCAGCCGUGGGCUGCAGAGCUGAGGAGCCGGGGUACCCAGAAUGAAGCUGGAAGUCUGCCUGCCUUCACGGUGCCCCAGGUGGCUGCCCUGGGCAGCAGCACCCCCAGCGCCACCAGCAGUAGCAGCAGCUGCUCCACGCCCAGCAGCCCUGGCGACUAUUACACAUCUCUGGGGGAUGACCUGAAGAUUGAAAUGAUUGAGAAGCUCUUUGCCAUGGACACAGAGGCAAAGGACCAGUGCAGUACCCAGACGGACUUUAAUGAGCUGGACCUGGAGACUCUGGCGCCCUAUAUCCCUAUGGAUGGGGAGGACUUCCAGCUAAGCCCCAUCUGCCCCGAGGAACCGUGCUUGCCAGAGAGCCCACAGCCCACCCCACAGCACUGCUUCAGUACCAUGACCAGCAUCUUCCAGCCACUAGCCCCUGUGGCCUCUCACAGCCCCUUCCUCCUGGACAAGUACCAGCAGCAACUGGAGAACAAGAAGACAGAGCCCGAGCACCGGCCCAUGUCCUCCAUCUUCUUUGAUGCUGGGAGCAAGGGGUCCCUGCCACCGUGCUGUGGCCAGGCUAGCACCCCUCUCUCUUCCAUGGGGGGCAGAUCCAACACACAGUGGCCCCCAGAUCCACCAUUACAUUUUGGGCCCACAAAGUGGCACACUGAGUCCUUGGGGGCAUCACCGUUGGGGCCCCCCAUCGCCUCGCCCCAAGUCUCCUUGUUCAAGAUGAGGUCUGCAAAGGGCUUCGGGCCUCGUGGCCCAGACGUGAUGAGCCCCGCCAUGAUAGCCCUCUCCAACAAGCUCAAGCUGAAGCGACAGCUGGAGUGUGAGGAGCAAGCCUUCCAGGACACGAGCGGGGGGGAUCCUCCAGGCGGCAGCAAUUCCCAUUUGAUGUGGAAACGCAUGAAGAACCUCAGGGGUGGGAACUGCCCCUUGAUGCCUGACAAACCCCUGAGUUCAAGUGGCCCCACUGAUGAGUUCACCCAAAACCCCAUGAGGGGCCUGGGCCAGCCCCUGAGACACCUGCCGCCACCGCAGCCGCCAUCUGCAAUGAGCCCCAGGGAGAACACCAAGAGUGGGUUUCCCCUGCAGUGCUGUGCCUCUCAGUACCAGGACUACAGCCUACCAUCAACUCCCAAGGUGUCAGGCAUGGCAAGCCGACUGCUUGGGCCCUCAUUUGAGCCCUACCUUCUGCCCGAACUGACCAGAUAUGACUGUGAGGUGAACGUUCCCGUGCCAGGAAGCUCCACACUCCUGCAAGGAGGGGACCUCCUCAGAGCCCUGGACCAGGCCACCUGAGCCAGGGCUUCUCCCAGGCACACCACUGCCGAUGCCGUCCCACCAGCUUCACCCUGCGUCUGUGUUUGCAACUAGGUAUUUCUAACACCAGCACACUUUUUACAAGAUGUACUUACCUGGUCAGUUUGCCCAGGUCACCAAGCAGUGGCCUUUUUCUGAGAUGCUCACUUUAUUACCCUUAUUUUUAAAAUACGCAGUUGUUUUACUUGCUACGUUUUGCUGUCAAUUAAAAUGUUCUUAAAUUUUAUAAGAUUUUUUUCCUCCCUGCCUUCAAUUGCUUCUAAUUUAUAUUACCCAGAGGUUUCUCUGUCACACACAGUGUCCGUACUAACAAGUCUGCUGUCCUGUAGGGAAAGCUUUGGCCUCAUUUAACUCAAAAGAUUUGUUGUUGUUGUUGUUGUUAUUGUUGUUGUUGUUGCCAAAGAGAAAAAGGAUUUUGCUUUCCAAGCUUGUUUUGUGGCUUCUCCCUCUCAAAGCCCUUCUUUUCUUUUUUUAAAAUUAAUCACCAUAUUGUAAAUUUCAGUUUUUUUUUUUUUUUUUUGAAGUCGACUCUUUGCUCUAAUUUUGAUAUGACUUACAUGGGGAAACAAAGAGCAACGCGAAGGGCGAAUGCCAACGUCUGUGGUUGCCUGUGGAAGUUGCACAGUGUGGCUUCUCCUAAACGGUUUGGUGUUUCCCCCCAUCCCCAAUCUGGUGGAUUUUUUUUAUUAUUAUUCAAAAGCAUAACUGAGUUUUUUAAAGGAAAAUUUAUAUCUGGGUUAAGUGUUUAUCGUAUAUAUGGGUACUUUGUAAUAUCUAAAAACUUAGAAACGGAAAUAGAAUCCUGCUCACAAAAUCACUUUAAGAUCUGUUUUUAAAGCUGUUAACGUUACUUUUCUCGGCGAUGCUGUCCCUGCAGAAUUGUACAGUACUCCCACGGGCCUGUACUAACACUGCUAGAGAUGUCUUUCUUGGCUUUUUGCUUUUGUGAUCUGCCAUAGGUGUGACAAACCAUCCAAGACAUGGAAUCGUUAAGUGGGAGCAUGCGAGCUGUCUUCUCCUCAUGUUCUCUGUGUAUUAUGUAUGUAUGUAUGUAUUAUUAUUGCUGCCAGAGGGUCUGAGGGCACGUCAGGGGCGGGGGCGGGGAGAAUGCUAAGGGAGAGGAAGUGCUUUAACUUUUCUUGAAGUUAUGUUGCUAGCCCUUCAAGUGCACUGAGCUAUGUGACUCUAACGGUCUCUCACACGGCACAUUAGAGUAUUUCCAGAACUACCAUGAAAUGGUUUCAAUGAAAUUCAUGGAAACAAGUGAAGAUUCAAAAAUUCUUUAGUGAACCAGUCCACAUCCUCCUAGCUCAUGACCUUGGAGCUGGACUGGGAGAGGGUGCCAAACAGGGUUGGGGGUGGGUGGAGGGCAGCUGGUCCUCACCAGCCCCAGCCUUGCGCCCCUCGCUCAGCCUGCAGGCAGCCUUGCAAGGCAAAGGUGCAGUGCCCCCUGCUGGUGAGCAGCGGGGAGGGGGGGGGACCUCCAGGGGUGGCCCCUAGCCUCAGGCUCUUGCUGAGGCCUCUGUCACAUGCAGUGACAUAUACAGGUAGGAAGCACUGAAAAUAGUGUUCCCAGAGCACUUUGUAACUCACUGGGGAAGAGGAACGACACCUUUUGGUUUUUAAAUACCAAUCAACAUGGAACUUUUCUGUCAUGGGUACAAUAAAAAGUUUCUAAACACACAGAACACUGAGUACAUCCGGCCAAGAAUUUGGUAAGCCCAGAGGGACUUAUUGCCAAAAUCAAAUGUUAGCUUUCAAAAGAAAUCUAAGUUAUAUGAGAAAAAUCACCCGCUCGCUGUGUUGCCUAAAUCACACUUGAGCGGCACAGUGUCAUCUGACACACGGCGGCAGAACUUGAAGGGUUACUGACAUGUAAAUGCUGGUGUUUGAUUUCCUGUGUAUGUUGCCUCAGCAUUAAGGGCAUUUUACCCUUGCAGUUUACUAAAACACUCUGAAAAAUAUUCCAAGCUUCAUAUUAACCUUACUUGUCAACAUAACAAUUUUCAUGAACAUUAUUAUAUUUGAAUUCCUACUGACAACAUUAUAACUGUAUGGGAGCUUAACUUUAUAAGGAAAUGUAUUUUGACACUGAUAUCUUAUUAAAGUAUUCUGAUCCUA